CGUACAGUAACGCGGAUGUGGUCUUCCACUCUUCCUAUAUACUACUCCAAUGCACACAUGCAUAGGCGUGUCUGCUUUUGUUACAACAAAAAACUGAAGCAAUCUCCAGAGGUUCAGUUGAUCAGUUCUCUCGGUGGCUCGGCGUUCCGGGGAAGAUAAGACGCACUCAUAACCUCUCCGCAAAGCUAAGGUACGUAUACUAUUCGAUGAAAGCUGAACGAACUCCCUUGCUAUUUCAUGCCGCUUCUACUAAGUUUGUUUAGUUUAUCACUGCUCUUCCCUUUAGUUCAUUACUUCAUUUAUCUGCACAUGAGGGUUGAUGUUAGAUUUUUUCAGAUGCCAAACAAAUUAUUUGAACACUCGUAUCUUCCCCAGGUACUAACCCAGCUUUAAACCAUGAUUGUUUCCAAAAGCCAAGCUUUUUUUGUAGGCAUUUAAUUUCCUUGAGCAAGUAACUAAUUCAACAAGGGAUUCGUUACAUGCUGAGAUAUAUAUAUGAACGAAAUGUUUUACAGUUCUUUUAAUAAGAUCAAACUAUACCUCCAAUGUGAUGGCAAUUGUCUUGUGCUUGCCUAACAUUCCUAGGACUAGGAUCAGGGGAACUAAAUUUUUUGACUUGAUCGAAGAUACUAUUGAGGGACAUCCAUAACCCAGCACUCCGGCAGUGCCUUUUCUCAGCUAUCUUUUGCUUCGGAGCAUGUGUGAACAUUUUUCUGCAUAAUUUUUUUAAGCGUUGAUGUCGGGACUUCAAUUUAGUGUAUAUAUAGAUGUAUACACAAAGCAUAGCAUAGGUGUAUUAUAUGGAAUCCUCUGAAUUAGCUGAUCGUUGCAGUAUCAUGGUUUCUACUUUCUAGAUACCCAGUCCAGGAGUACGUAUGGGAGCGCGCUUCCUACAGAUCGGCCUUGGCCUUGUGCUUCUUCUGGCGGCACAGCACGCCCCUGCUGUUGCGAUUCCUGGCCCAGAAUGCCAAACAAAAUGUGGCGAAGUUGACAUUCAGUACCCGUUCGGCAUCGGCGACAACUGCUCGCUGUCAGAAGGCUUUAAUGCCAGUUGCCAGGAGGUCCAACGUGGUGUCUACAAGCCAUUCAUCGGUAAUGUGGAGCUGCUCAACAUUUCCUUGAUUAAUGGCACGAUCCGGGAGUUGAACCACAUCUCUACGUACUGCUACAACUCCUCUGGUAUGAUGGACCCUGAUACUUGGUAUUACGAUGCAAGCCUUACCCCGUACCGGUUCUCAGAUGUCCACAACAAGUUCACCAUCAUAGGGUGCAAUACCCUCGCCUACAUCUAUGACAGCACCGGUACGGGCUACCAGAGUGGGUGCGUCUCAACAUGCCAGAAUCAGACAGACUUACCAAACGGAUCCUGCUCCGGCAUAGGCUGCUGCCAGACAGCUAUACCCAAGGGAAUGGGCUACUACGAAGUCGGCUUCGAUAGUGGUUUCAACACAAGCCAAAUUAGGAAUUUCAGCCGCUGCAGCUACGCCGUGCUGAUGGAGGUGGAAUCGUUCAACUUUAGCACCACGUACAUCAGCACGACCAAGUUCAACGACACAAAUGCCGGGCGAGCACCUGUGGUGAUGGACUGGGCGAUAAGAAAUGGGACGAUGUCUUUGGGGUGCGAAGAAGCCAAACUGAAUAAGACGGGCACCUAUGCAUGCCUCAGCAGCAACAGCGGGUGUGUCGACUCCAGAAAUGGGCCAGGCUACCUAUGCAAUUGCUCAAAAGGUUAUGAAGGCAACCCCUAUCUUCCAGAUGGAUGUCAUGAUGUUGACGAGUGCAAGAACAGCCCAUGCCCUUCAGGAGGUGCUUGCCACAACACAAUAGGAGGAUACCGAUGUUCGUGCCGAGUAGGACUUAAGUUUUCGGCGCAAAACAAUAGUUGUGACCUUGAUACCAGCCUAAUAAUUGGUGUUACACUAGGCAGUGCUGGUGGCAUUCUGUUUCUCGCUGCACUUGUUGCUGUUCUUACUCGGAGGUGGCAGAGAAUUGUUCAGAAACGGCUUAGAAAGGUAUAUUUCCGGAAGAACAAAGGAAUUCUCCUAGAACAGCUAAUAUCUUCGGACAAUACUGCCAGUGAUGGCACCAAGAUAUUCUCUCUUAACGAGCUAGAGAAGGCAACCAACAACUUUGAUCACACACGUGUAGUCGGCCGCGGCGGCCACGGCACGGUCUACAAGGGCAUCCUGAGUGACCAGCGCGUGGUGGCUAUCAAGAGAUCAAAAGUUAAGGAAAGCGUCGAGAUCGAGCAGUUCAUCAACGAGGUGGCUAUACUCUCCCAGAUCAACCACCGGAACGUGGUGAAGCUCCAUGGAUGCUGCCUCGAGACUGAGGUGCCUCUACUGGUCUACGAGUUCAUCUCCAACGGCACCUUGUAUGACCUCCUGCACCGUGAGCAAAAUGACAUCUUGCUGCAGUUAUCUUGGGAGGAGCGCCUAAGGAUUGCCGUCGAGGUCGCCGGCGCGCUGGCGUACCUACAUUCAGCGGCUUCGAUGGCCAUUCUGCAUAGAGAUAUCAAGUGCAUGAACAUACUUCUGAACGACAGCUACACAGCAAAGGUUUCAGACUUUGGUGCGUCAAAGUCAAUCCCAAUUGAUCAGACACAUUUGGUCACCGCCGUGCAGGGCACGUUUGGAUACUUGGACCCAGAAUACUACCACACCGGCCAGCUCAACGAGAAGAGCGAUGUUUACAGUUUUGGUGUCAUACUUCUCGAGCUAUUGACAAGGAAGAAAGCAAUAGUUGAGAAUGGGAGCUGUGAGAGGCAAAACUUGUCGAGUUUUUCCUUCGAGGAGAUGGGGAAGAGGCCACUCGAUGAGGUAGUUGACAGGGAGAUUUUGGAGGAAACAAGCGAGGAAGCGAUUAUGAGUAUGGCUCGGCUGGCUGAGGAGUGCCUCAGCCUGACACGAGAAGAGAGGCCUACCAUGAAGGACGUGGAGAUGAGGCUGCAGAUGCUAAGGGCCCGUCAAGGCGUUGCUCCGAGGAAGAAGAGGGACAACGAAGCGACCCGUCGUUGUGAAGCAGUGAGAGCCAAAAUGAUCAAUGGUGCCAUUUCGGUGGCUGCUGCUGCUACUGCUAGUCUUCACGGCUCGCGCCAGUACAGCCUAGAGCAGGAGUUUGUGCUGUCCUCGCGCGUGCCGCGGUAGAUUGUGCCGGCAUUACAAAUGGAUGUUUUAUGUAUUCUGAUUUCUUAUUCUUUUGUAUACUGCAAAUAUAAUAAGGAGGAACUUAAUCUUAUUUGAGUGAUUGAAUCCAGCGUUCCUAAUCUUUUAUGUCA